AUGUCCUUCUACGUCGCACCAAGCCAGCAGCGCACCCUUCGCGCUUGCAUGGUUUGUUCCCUCGUUCAACUCCACAGUAAGUUCAUGCGUGAAGGCUGUCCCAACUGCGACAACGUUCUCGGUCUCCGCGGGAAUAGCGAUGCCAUCCAAGAAUGCACCUCCCAGGUUUUCGAGGGUUUGGUAACUCUACGUGAUCCGACGACUAGCUGGGUUGCCCGAUGGCAGCGACUGGACGCCUAUGUACCGGGGACAUAUGCUGUGAAGGUGACUGGAUCGCUUCCGGAUGAAAUUAUUGCAAGUCUUGAAGAUUCCGGUAUCAAGUAUAUUCCGAGGGAUGGAAGCACCGGUGAGGAAGAAUCAUAA